AUGCACGAAAUCUUCUCAAUCCCUCAGAAUCUAGAACUGGCAACCAAUCAAACGAUGUGGAACCGCGAUAUCAUGGCCCAACUAGCACACUUUUUGAAGAUGCUGUUGGAGACCGGCGCGUUCAUCAUAGUAUGGCUGUUGCUCCAAGGCUUCCAACGGCAUGGAUACAGAAAGGGCUCAUGGCCGAGGCAGCAUGCCAACUUGACAGGACACAUGGAAACAAUCAACUACUCUCAAAAGAAACUCGACUUUGACGGCGUUGAUCCAGAUCUAGGGAUGCAUUUGCUAGAUCUUCAUUGGAACCGCCAACACCAUGCCUUCCUAGUCACAUACCGUCCAGCGUUUAUGCGGGACAUGGCCUGUAAUGGAACCUACUACUCAAAGCUUCUUCUCAAUGCAAUCUACUUUGGAGCUUCCAAAUUCAGCUCUCGACCUGAAGUUCGCAGAGAUCCGGACGAUGUCCGGACCGCAGGUUGGUUGUACCGGCAGCGAGUCCGAGAAUUGCUUGGUGGUGCCCUUGAUCGUAGCGAUAUUACAACCAUACAGGCUCUAUUGGUAAUGGCUAGCUCUUUGUUCGCAUUGGGUGAUGAGAGAAGCGCCGCUUGGCUUUAUGCAGGCACCGCGUUUCGUAUGAUUAUUGAUUUGGGUAUGCAUGUUGAUGGCUCUCGCCUAUCAAACCAAAGGAGAUUCAGUGAUGAAGAUCUUGAGAUUCGAAGGCGGGUUUUCUGGGGCGCAUUCGUAGUGGAUAAAAUCCAAAGUCUUUAUCAAGGUCGGCCUGUCAGCCUUCAAGAAUUGGAAUGCAACGUUUCAAUACAGUUCAUGGACCACUACGAAGAACUGGAGCAUUGGAAACCGUUCGCAUACUCCGAAACACAGAAAUACCCUGGAUCACCAGCCUAUAGUGUCUCCACAUUCACUCAGCUCUGCAAGUUGAGUUUGAUAAUGAACCGCAUUUUAAAUAAGGUCUACGGUGAAAGGAGUUCCAAAAGAACACAAAGUGAGCUUACGCAGGACCUCAAGUCGUUACAUUCCGAUCUCGAUCAAUGGCGUAUAGACUUGCCUGCUCAUCUCACAUAUGAUCCUGCUGAUACGUCCAAGCCCAUUCCUCCGCCUCAUGUGUUAUCAUUGCUGUAA